AUGCCGGUUCAAACAAGCCCACCGUCCUUCCCGGACUCGUUCCCCUCAUUUAUGUCCGUAUACGGUGGUCUACAACGCUACGAGGAUAGCUCCGUCUCCCAGCCACAGGGCCACCGCCGUCUCCUCCCUUCGCCCCACCGCGAGAGCGUUUCGUCCACGGCUUCUGCUUCUACGGAAUCUUCCCCCACCACGACUAUCUCCCCCUUCGAUUCGCCCGGGGGAGGGGACGUCUCCCCCAGUUCCUCGCCAGAGUCACCCUCUGCUAUGCCCCUGUCAUAUCCCAAGUUCUCCUCCCCUGCUCGCGCGAUUGAUGUUGCGUCGCGACCCAUCAUGCCGUCCGACAGCUCCAGGCUGCUGCCCGCCCCCAGCAACGCGCGACCAGAUUCCCCCAACCACCGGUCGCGCAACCUAAAGAAUCUCUCAUCGCGCAUGCCGCCUCCCUCAUCGAACCGACCAACUAUCACCACGGCCUCUUUUGUUGAGACCGGCUCAGGCUCCCACCUCUCGGCCCCGCCAUCGCCCAUCCAGAUUCCUCCCAAGACCUCCCGUCGACGCCCUGCGAACCUGACUAUCCAGACCCCAGGCUUUGACAAGAGUUUCACGAAGGGUGGAUCAGACCUGGCACCACCGACUCCUAUGGGGCGACAAACUCUUCGACACUCCGAAUCGUCACCUUCCCUUGCUUCCCUCUCAUCCCCGGCAUUCGCUCCCCCGGGCGCGGGCCACCGCGGCGCCCAAGUGGAUUGUCAGAUGCUCCCCCCUCUACCUACAAUCCCCGAUAGCGCAUCCUUUGCCCAGCGUGGUCUGCAUGGACUCCAGGAAGAGGAUGAUCACAUCGACUCUCGCGAGUCCUCGAAAGAGAAGGAAAGAAGCUAUCCGGAUGGGCCCAUCCAGAUCUAUGACUCCGGCGUUUGGCUGUACCUGGAGCCCACUGCAGAAGAAGCAGCAGAGUUCGAUGUGAUAGUCAAUGUUGCCAAGGAAGUCCAGAAUCCGUUUGAUGCUCCCGAUAGCCGCCUGAGCGAUAGCGUCAUGAGGGCUUGGCGAAAUGCAGCCGAGGCGUCUAAGCGAUUUUCCACCAUGUCCAACAGCGAGCCUGCCACCGGUGCGUCGGAUUUCUCGUUCAAAUCCGCCUUUGAGUUCCAACCCUUGAAGCAAGAUGAUUCUGGGUCUGGUUCAGCGACUCCAACCAGCCCUACUGCGAAGCCUCCCUCGGUCCCAGAGUACAUUCACGUUGACUGGGACCAUAACUCCGAAAUUUUAGAUGAUCUGCUUCCUUUUUGCGAAAUAAUUGAUGAACGCAUCUCUCAGGGCAAAAAAGUUCUCAUCCAUUGCCAGCUGGGCGCCAGCCGAUCUGCAUCAUUGGUUAUUGCUUACGGAUUGUACAAAAACCGCCGCAUGGAUUUCAACUCCAUGUAUGAGCAGGUAAAGGCACGAAGCCAGUGGGUCGGGCCUAACAUGAGCCUGAUCUACCAACUUACUGAUUUCCGGGGUCGCUUGAUGCGGGGAUCUCCCUCAAGACCUGCCCCGGAAGAGUGGUUCACUCAGCGUGGACGACGCAGCUCCGAGCCUCAGGCUACUCGCGCAGAGCGAGUAGCGGCGGCACAGGCCGCUGCUGCGAAAGAAGACACCUACCAAACCCCUUUCCGUGGCCUGGCACAGGCCCCCAUCCCGAUGGGCAAUCUCACAGUCCCUUCAUCACACCCAUCCCGCCCAAAAACCAGCGACAAUGGAAACCGGUCACCAAAACGCAGCUUAUCGCCCCGCCCAUUACCUUUCCGACAAAAGUUUCAAACCCUGGAGCCAGCACCGGGACAGGGACGCCCACGUGGACUUGCCCGAGUGAGCAGCUGCGAGCCAUUAUUACAGUCCCAUGUUUUUAUGCGAGACGGGCCUGAUCUUGGCGCGGGACUCUUCUCUCCAAGGACCUCUGGUUUCUUGGCGCCCCAUGCACCUAUACUUCCGCCCUCACGAAGGGCCAGCGAUGCAGUGUCUGAAGCCCCGAGUGCGGUGGAAUACGCUGCCGAAACGGCUGAUCCUCGAUCUCCACCGCCUCCGUCAGGGAGUGAUCGCCUCAUUAUGAGGAAUAUCGAUGAAUUCCUGUAA